AUAGAGUUACAGGCUGAGGGUCAUCAAAUCCAACGGUGGAGAAGAAGCAACAAAAUCGUUAGCAAUUGACCAUGUCAAAAAGAGCAAGGUGGAUGACGGACCACUAUUUCAGUUUCAGAGGCCGAAAUGCAAGCAAAUUCCCUCGCCUUUUCUAAAGCCCAAAACCUGUUGAAACCUGAAACUUCCCAACUUUUCAUACAAACCCAAAUAUUUGAAAAGUUUUUUUCUUUCAUUUUCAAAGUUAAAGCUGUAGUCUUCAUUGGAUCUCAUUAUUCCCACGUCUGUUUGAUCUCUCUACUAAGGGAAUUGGGUUAUCGAUAACAUAAUAAUGAUGGAGAGAGCAGAGUCGGGGCAGAAGCUAUAUACACGUAUGCGUCUCUGGGAAUUUCCAGAUGAGUAUGUAAUUGAACCUACUGAUGGAUCUUCUGGUUCUCCGUUGUCUGUCAGUCGGGUCGAUGGCUCCAUGAAACUCCUUGAUGGAGUUCCAGAAUGCAGCUCUCUUCGUGUUCCUAAAAUAAGGACUAUUUUUGGCGUGGUUGGGAUGCUUAAGCUUGUGGCAGGGUCAUACUUAAUUGUUAUAUUGGAACGUGAAUGUGUUGGAUCAUAUUUGGGACAUCCUAUCUUCAAAAUUACAUCAUUGAAGAUUUUGCCUUGUGAUUGUUCUCUUAAAAAUUCCUCCGUAGAACAGAAAAAGGUGGAAACUGAAUUCUCUGGACUGCUCAGAGUUGCAGAACGUACUCAUGGUCUGUAUUUCUCAUAUGACACCAAUUUGACCCUGAGCGCCCAGCGACUGCACGAUUUGGGUGAUGAGUCUAAAUUACUUCCACUUUGGAGACAGGCUGAACCCAGGUUUCUCUGGAACAAUUAUAUGUUGGAAGUGCUCAUAGAUAAUAAGCUUGAUCCAUACCUACUUCCUGUUGUCCAAGGGAGCUUUCAGAACUUUCAAGCAGCCAUUGGAAAAGAUAUAAUUGAAGUUACUCUGAUCGCUAGGAGAUGUACUAGGAGAAAUGGCACUCGCUUGUGGAGAAGAGGAGCUGAUCCUGAUGGGUAUGUUGCCAAUUUUGUGGAAUCUGAGCAAGUUGUGCAUUUGAAUGGGUUUACAGCAUCAUUAGUUCAGAUUCGAGGUUCAAUGCCAUUUCUUUGGGAGCAGAUAGUUGAUUUGACAUACAAGCCUAAGUUUGAGAUUAUCAAACCCGAGGAUGCUCCUCAAGUAGCAGAGCGGCAUUUUCUAGAUUUGAGAAAAAAAUAUGGAAGUGUAUUAGCAGUUGACCUUGUCAAUGAGCAUGGAGGGGAGGGACGCUUAAGUGAAAAAUUUGCGAAUGCAACACAACACAUCCGUAGUGAUGAUGUAAGAUAUAUACACUUCGAUUUUCAUAAAAUCUGCGGGCAUAUACACUUUGAGCGCCUAUCUAUCCUUUAUGAACAAAUGGCGGAUUUCCUUGAGAAAGGCGGGUACCUUUUGUUGAAUGAAAAAGGUGAGAAAAUAAAGGAGCAAACUGGGGUUGUAAGGACCAACUGUAUUGAUUGUUUAGACCGUACAAACGUUACCCAGAGCAUGAUUGGUCGAAGAAUGUUGGAAAUCCAACUUAGAAGGAUUGGUGUUUUUGCUGCAGAAGAAAAAAUUAACUCACACCCAAAUUUUGAUGACAGCUUUAAGAUAUUAUGGGCCAACCAUGGGGAUGACAUAAGCAUUCAAUAUUCUGGAACUCCUGCUUUAAAAGGAGAUUUUGUAAGAUGUGGCCAGCGGACAGCCCAAGGGAUCCUUAAAGAUGGUUGGAAUGCACUUGCUCGCUAUUACUUCAAUAACUUCUCUGAUGGUGUAAAACAGGAUGCAAUUGAUCUCUUACAUGGGCAUUACAUUAUGUCUGUGAGCCGAGAUAUGACCCCUCCAUCUCAAACUGGAGGCCUCGAGAAUAUAGCUUCUUUUCCGCUGGCGCUAUCAUUGGUCUUGACUGGGUUCUUUUUUACCCUUAUGUCACUUCGGCAAGUUCGAUAUGAUCUUCGUCACUUAAUCUUCUCAACUAUAUGGGCAGGCCUUACUGUAGCUAUUGCAGCAUUUGUGAGGGCCAAUGGACGGAUUUUCUGCAAUCGGCCUCGUUUGCAUAAACCUCGGCAUUGAUUAUAGGUUCAGAAUGCUCUGGCAUAUAUGACUUUCCUGUGAAAUUCUUGGCAUGGUGCUUACUUUUUAUUAUCAUAAAUUUUUCUUUGUAUUCUACAUAGCUUUGAUACUCGAAUUCUAUCACGAGGUCUAAUGAUUCCCAUUCAUGCAUUUGUUGGCCUGAACAGCAAUUGCUUUUUUACGUUAUUUCAUUUUUAUUCUUUCAUGUAACGGUGGAUUUUGUUUUGCAUUGUUCAAGCUCAAAAUAUCUAGGUGGUAGGAUUGCAAGAAUGCUUGAGCCUUUUUGUAUUAAACCUGCUACGGCAAAAGUUAAUAUAGUAAUCAUGACUUUUUACA